AAUGGCUGAGGCAGGAGGUGGCGCGCAUGCGCUAUCCCUCCCCCUCCCUCCUCCCUCCUCCCUUCCCCCCCUCCGUCGCUGGUUCCCGGCUCCCGGUGUCGGAAGCCGUCACUUUGUCGCUGAAAAUGGCGAUCCCCGCCAGCCCGGAAUUGCGGCAGCAACUGAAGGAAGGUACGGCCGCUCCGGAGGCGGCAGAGCAAGACACCAUUCACCUCAACCAGGGGCACAUCGAGGAGAUCAACAGUCACGACAAGUCCGGCGUCCCCCUGAACUCGCCCUGGACCUUUUGGCUGGAUCGGUCAGUUCCUGGAACUACUGCGGCAGAAUGUGAAUCGAACCUGAAGAAAAUUUAUACUGUGCAAACUGUACAGAGUUUCUGGAGUGUCUACAAUAAUAUACCUGCAGUGACCAGUUUGCCCUUGCGUUGUAGUUACCACUUAAUGAGAGGAGAGAGACGGCCAUUGUGGGAAGAUGAGAGUAAUGCCAAAGGAGGAUUGUGGAAAAUGAAAAUUUCAAAAGAGCAUACUUCUGCUGUUUGGAAAGAAUUAUUACUGGCUACGAUUGGUGAACAGUUUGUAGAUUGCUGCACAGUAGAUGAUGAGGUAGUUGGUGUCAGUGUCAGUGUUAGAGAUCGUGAAGACAUUGUUCAAGUUUGGAAUGUAAAUGCUGCUGGAGCAAAUGAAGUAACUAUUAUACAAAAGAUUUAUGAGCUUCUCCCAAAAGUAACUUUUAAGGCAGUGUUUUAUAAGCCUCAUGAGGAACAUCAUGCUUUUGAAAGAGGUCGUGCAAAGCCAUAGCAAUUUCACAGCAAACACUUCAUAUUGAGAGCUCAGAUUUUAUUUGUAUGUAAAAUUAGAGAGUUGGACUUUCAUCACCAAAAUGGUGAAUUCCAGUAGAACUUUGAUAAAAUAGUGAAAUCAGGUGACUAAUUCUGAAAAGACAGCAAGUGAAAUAUUGACAUUUUUGUUUGUUUCAGCUAAUGUGUGACUUACAUUAACUUCUGUAUUAAGUUUCUUAAAAAAAAAUAAGGCAGAGAUGUUUCUCAACUAUUGAUUUGAUUUUCAUUAUUUUAAUGUUAGUUAAGUUAUUUUGCUUUUGACUGCAUUCCUGUUUUAAGAAUGAGGUUUCCUGUUCUGGUUUAACUAUUUGUACUGUAUUUACAAAUGAUUACUAAUGUACACAAUAGACCUGCUGCUUAAUCUGGAAGAAAAUUAUUAAAAUAGGAAUGUUGAUUCACACAAGUUGAAGUCAAAUCUGGUUAAUUGGCAUGUUCCUAGGAGAUCAUAGUUUAUUUCUAUUGGAAAAUUGAUUGCACUGCAUAAUUAUGUAAGUCACUAUAACUUUGGUUAUGUGGAUGUCUUGCACUGAUAGACAAAUGUUUCCAUCAGAAAGUACUACAAGGUGUGUAUCAUUUGUUUUGUAUUUCAUUAUUUUACAUUGUACAACUUUGUCCAGUAACUAUAAUUUUGGACACAUUUAAUUUACAAUCUAUGGAAAUGCUGGCCCUCAGUGAAUUUAGAAUCUAAAUCAGUAACACUUUACAUAUUUCACUUACUAAAGUCUUAGUUGUUUCUGAAAUGUUUGCAAAUUAAUUGCUGCAGCACAUUAAACUAGUUUUUCUGUCCACAGAGAGCAUGUGGCAAAGAAGUCAGUUUCGCAGAAUGUUUCAUGCUGUUGCAGUAUUUACUACAGUACAGUAGAUGCAAUGGUGUUAUUUGGUGGGAUUGUACAUUUCAUUGCUUCAGAACCAAAGAAUUCUAUUAUUGUUUUGAGAAACAUGGGAGGGGAGAUAGGUCAAGAGUGAAAGCUGCAAAUCUACAAAUGCCACCCAAAAACAAACAAGAUUAAAGUAAAAAUUGCACAAAAAUGUAAGUUAUAAAUUUGAAUGCCUACUGCAAGAAACUCCACAGUGUAUAAAUUCAGUAAUACAGAAAAGCUGUUUUGCCUUGAUGCUAAAUGCGAUAAUGAUAAUCAUUACAGAUCAGUAUGAAAAAUGUUCAAAAGAUCAUAAGGGUUUCACACAGGGCAUCAUGAUUACCUAAAUCACAAUAGAACUUGUUCCAUAAAGUCAAUAAUUCUGCUUGUCUGAACCCACUGAUUAGCACUAGAUUGUUGAGAUGCAUGCAGUUCUGAUAAUCAGAAGUUGUAUUAUCUAUAAAGAUUAAAUUGCAUGGAAAUUUGCCAUGCCUUUAAUCAUAUUAUGAAUUGUUACAUGUCAGUUUAAAUUAUCGGAUGUCAAGUCGUCAGAUAUUUUUCCUGUUACCAUGGUAUCAAUAAGAGCUAUAAGAUACAUCCCUGUAAGUUUAAAAACAGCAAAAUUUGUAUAAAAGUGAGCUCUACAUCAGAGCUUAAAAUUUAAUCCUGCAUAAAUAAAGACAUACAAAAGCUAUGGUGCUGCAUAAUCCAUAUUACAUAACAUCAAAUCAUGAAUUGUUCUUGCAUUUAUACAUUAAUUAUAAUUUUACUUGUGACAAAACAAGGUUCUUCAGAGUUACUGCAGCUUUUGUACUGUGGUUUCUUGAGCACUGAUUAUUUUCUUUAAAAUACCAGUUUGUGCAUUUUUUUUUAAUCUCUGCUACCCAGGUCUGCGUAUGUAAAAUGGAUUAAAGCACAACCUAUUUUUGUAACAUUCAGGGUAAACUGGUAAUUCACAACUGUGAACGGUGUACACUUAAGUACAUAAGAAACAAGCUGAUUUUUUUUCAUGAAUGAAUGAAUCACAAAACCAUUUUUCACUUUUUUUACCCUUUUUACAUACAGCAAUGGAGGUUUUGUGAUGGCCAGAUAUAUGAAUGUUAUCUAACUCCAGGUAUUGAAGUCCACAUCCAAUGCAAAUCUGGUCAGCAAAUGGUCAGUUUCAAAUUGUAUUCUCUUCUGAUUUGAAAAUAAAGGCUUUUUUUAAAAUUUAUUAAUCAUGCCAUAAGUUAGUUUGAACUAUCAAAGGUCAAAGUUCUGAAGGAUACUUGAUCUUUAAGUCCCAAAUGAUUUACUCUGUAUGUCUAAAUUCAGAAGCUACUACUGGAGAUAUUGUCUUAUCUAGCCUCUGUGGGUAGAGCCUCUAGAAAACAUUGUUUUAUACUUUUCUAGAAUUGGUUUGUUAAUAAUCUUAGUGUGUUUAGAAUAAAAUAUAAAUUGAUAUUUUAAUUACAUUAACAUGGGAUCAGAAGAUAUGAGUGUCUAAAAGAUGAUGUGAAAACUGGUUUAAAAGCAGAAAAUGCUGACAACAGCCUUUGACUUGAAACAUGGUUUCUCUUUCACAAAUGCUGCCUGGCCAUGUGUUUCCAGCAUUUUCUGCUUUAAUAUCAGAUUUGCAGUUUUUUGAUUUUAAAUUAAUGUAAAAGCUGGGACCUUGUGUACUCAAGGUUAUCAAAGAUGCUACAGAUUUGAUAUUUAUAUUUUGUUAUCUUAUUAGUACUGCUGUAUGUAUGCCAUUUAUGAAUUUUGCUUGUUCAUUUGGCAAUUAUUGAAAUAAAAAGAAACAUGCUAUAUUGUG